UGUAAAUCACAUGACAUGUCAUGUGAUACCGAUACCUGUAAAAAUGGUGGAUGUCAAUAAAAACAAAUCCCGUGACUUUUAGUCAGAAAAAUACGAAUUGGAAACAAGAAAUCCAUUGUCACAGUUUAAAAACAUUCUGUUUCAGAUUAGGCAUAGACAUUUAAUAAUUAUUGUUUCGUAAAAUGGAGGAAUUUAUAUGUCGGUCAACUUGAACAAAGUAUAAAUUAGAAUGACAAAAUGACUGAAGUGUUGUUUAAAGUGCUAAUCAUUGGUGACCCAACUGUGGGGAAGACUUCGUUUGUUCAGAGAUAUGUCAACAAUCUAUACAGGAGAGAUUAUAAAAUGACCAUUGGUGUUGAUUUUGCCCUGAAAGUUAUCAAAUGGUCCGAUUCUCAAAACAUAAAAUUGCAGCUAUGGGACAUUGCUGGUCAGGAAAGAUUUACAUCGAUGACGAGGGUUUAUUAUAAAGAUGCUCACGCCUGUAUAGUCAUGUUUGACCUUACACAGCGCCUCACAUUCCAAAAUACAGUGAAAUGGAAGAAAGACCUGGAUGCUAAAUGUACAUUACCUGAUGGCACGUCUGUCCCUUGUCUUCUGUUAGCAAACAAAUGUGAUUUGAAACAUCGUGAAGUUGAACAGGCAGAGAUUGAGGAAGUUUGUAAAGAACAUGAUUUUAUUGGCUGGACAGAGAUUUCUGUUAAAGAAGGUCUGAUGAUAGAAGAAUCUAUGAGAUUUCUGAUUGAGGAAAUGAUGGCAAAACAUAGUACUCUAGAUGAUUUCUCUGAGUCGCUCCGUAUGACCACACCCACUAUACGUCCUUCAGCCAAUGAUAAACCUCAGGCAUCUGGAUGUAGUUGCUGACAUGAUGUCGUGUUUGUCUAAAAAUAGUCCCAACACAUUUAUUUUAUACGCAUAUGUUCUUGUGUUUUUUUUUCUCAUCUAUAAAACAAUAUCUUCAGAUGAAGGUACAUGUAUAUUUAGCAAAUGGCUGAUCUUUUUGGCCGCUGAUAUAUUGCAUUUAGUUACAUUUCAUAAUACAUUCAAAAACUCUUGACAGUCUUAACUAUGGACUGUGCGUUUUUGUUUUAGUUUAUUUUUUUACUUCUAAAUUCAUUUUUUUUAUUAAAAAAAUAUUAUAUACAGGAUAAUAAAUUGAUUGUGAAUACAAAGUCUUUUGUCAUUUUAAGUCAGGGUGUGAUAUUUAGGGUUUCUUCUUUGCUCACUUUUUAUAUUUUGUUAUUGAGAAAAUAGUUAUGUUUUAAUAUCUGAGGACAUCAGGAAGGGACAGUUUGGAAAUGAAUUUGUUAUCAAUAGGUUCAAAUAAAACCACACUUUUAUUUUAUACACUAAAGCUAUGAUGUAAAAAACUGUACAUUGUAUUUAAUUUUUUUUGUACUUUUCUAGAAAUAUAUUAAAUCAAUAAUAUUGUAUUGUACACCUGAAAGUAACUUCAGCCUUAUUAUGGUAUGGCUUUUGACAAUCAGUCUUCAUAAUUCAUACAUGGUCAAUAGAGGAUUUUGAGGUCAGAAGGUCAAGGUCACAGUGACACUUAUUGGACAAUCCUUGUCCAUUCAGUAACUUAAGAAGUAAUAAAUCAGACUGAUAAAAUUUGGAAGGUACAUUGCUUAUGGCCAGUGGAUGAUUUUUAGGUCAUCAAGUGUUAUCGUAUGAUCCUUGUCUUAUCAAUAACUUGUUCUGGUUGUUUCUGAUCACAUUACAUAUCUUAGGAUAGCAAUGUUUCAGGUGUUUAAAGUUCUAGCUCACAGGGCUCUUGUCUAUGAAAGUAAAAUUCUGAUGAGUGCAAAAUUGCAUAGAAGACCAAUUCACAUACUGGUAUACGUAUUUAUGCCCACAUAUAGAUAGAGAAGCAGGGGUAUACUGCCCGAUGGAUAACUCAAGAAAUCUUUGCCUGUCAGUUCUCAGGAGGGAGGUUGGUGACCGUUAGUAGUUUUGAGGUCAGUAGGUCAAAAAUCAAGGUCCAAUCAAUAGCAAUAGAAUGAUGUAAUGGCUUUUGUAAUGUGACUGGUAACUACAUAUCUAGCUUGUAACACAUGUUUUACAAACAUCUCAUUUUUAUAUCUGAAUGAACUGCCUGAUAUCUUGAUCAUUUGUUGUUUUUUAUUGAUUUAAAAAAAUGAACAUCUGUGAUUAAAGAAUUUUAUUAUUGAAAAUAAGGACACAACUGUAUCAACUGUUCCAUGCAUAUGUGAUAUGGCUGUAUAAUAAUUUCAUAAUGUUACUGUAGAUGCAUGUAAUUAAUACAUGUAAAUUUUUGUGUGCAUGUACAUUUUGAGAUAAUGCUAUGUUUUGUUAUAAAUAACAUGUGUGAAUAAGGGGUAUAAAAAACACCUCUGAGAAUUAGAUUUUCAACUUACAUUUCUUUAUUGAAAAUCAUGCAAAAAUUGUGAAAAUCUGAAUAAUUAAGCAAAUAUUUGAUUUGUCACCCAUUCUGGAAUAUUAGUUAAAUGCUGAACUCCCUCUGGAAUAUGCAUUACCCCCUCUUUCUAAUUUUGUGACCCACUCUCUGGUGAAAAAUAUCCUGGAUCCACACUUAAAUUUAUAUGUUUUUAUGUUGCUUCAAAAUAUGUUUGUAACAUGAAUUGUAUAUUCUAAAUGAUGCAGAUCAUAGCAUAAUUGUUAAGUCUUGUUUUAGACUUCAAAAUAUGUUACAAAAAUAUUUGAUAUUAAAUGAGAAACUGAUAUCUUAUUAAAUCAAACUACAUUUUGUAUAUAUUUUAUAUUUUGAUAUGUUAUACACUUGCAAUUUGUUUUUGGAAAAUAAUUGUGUUCACCAAUGAUAUACAUUAUUGUUAGAUUCUUUUUAACAGCUUUACAUAAUGUUAUUGAAUUUAUACAAUUUUACCCAUUGGCUGUUUAAAAAUUAUAAACCUCAACAGUACAUACUAAAAUUGUGUUUGAUUAUUUUGCAAGGGAAUGUUUUACUCUAUGCCAUUUGUGAAAAUACUGUACUGCUUUUGAAGCUUACUCAAUAAAAAGGAAAUUUUGUCUUACACAAAAAGAAGCAAAUAUCCUUUUUUUCUUGCAUAAUUCAUGAAUGUCAAAUAACAGUGACACAUUUUUUUGUUCAAACUCGCUAAAGAUAUGACAUUAAAAAAUGUGAAUACAAGGAAAUUCACAUUUUUAUUUUCUAAAGUACUGGUACAUGCUAGCAUAUUUAUUUUUCCUGUUAUCGCUACAUGUAAAUACUCUUUAAAGUUACAUAACAUUCCUAUAUUUAUUUAAGUUAAAAUAUUUUUAUAUGCAUAUUAGACUCUACAUGUACAAACAAUGUGCAUGACUUAAGUGAUGAUGUUGUGACCUGACUUUUGAUGUUCGACUUUUUUUUUGGUGUCAAAAGACAAAUGCCUUUUAGCAUAAAAUGUCCUCAGAAGGGUCUAGCUACAUGUAAGUUGUCUGACAUUGAAUAAUUCAUUUUAAAAUGAUUUGACCUCAAUCCCAUAUCAGAAAUCAAUUCAAAUAGACAGUUCUACUUGGGUAUCUGGUUUUGCCUUAAACACAUCAUCAUCACCAUACAUUUUUCUCCAUACAAGGGUAGCUUGAUACUUGUAGUCACCAUGGUUACCAUUUUACCUCAAUAUUGUUGGCAUUUGUUGAAAUGAACCUGUAUGAAUGAAUGCAUUUAAAAUCAAAAUGAUUAAUAUACAUUUACAUGCAAGUGUGUCAUUCUCAGUAAAAUAUAAAGACAUCUUGCAUAUCAGACAGGAUAUUCUAUUGAACACUGGUUCUAGAAAAAUCUGUCCUACAACCCAUAUUUAAGCUUUAAAUGACGUCAUUCCAGUGUUUAUAAAUGAAUUGUGUUCUAGCUAAAUGUAAAUAUUAAUUUUACAUAAUUUCUUAUCUGAAUAUGAUUAUCGUGUUAUAUGCUAGAAAAAGAAUCAAACAACUGCUGUCGUCACAGACAUGAAUAUCUAGCACUUGGGUAACUGUUUAGUAAAAUGUCGGCAGAGCCUUGUUACCACCGUAAACAGUUACCCUCAAACUAGAUAUUUCGAUCUGUACCAGCAACUGAUGAUUGUCAAAAUUAAUAAUCAAAGUUACCUGCUCAGAUGUAAAUACUAAUUAUAGAAUAAGUUAGUAUGUGAUUUUUGUCUGUUUUCUUUUUGGAAUAGGUUAAAGUUGUAUUUGUUAUUGUAUUGGUUUUAAAGACAUUAAAUGUCAAUUUUAUUGAAGACAAAAAAUACAUCAUUUAUCAUUUAUCAGAAAAGCUAACAGUUCAUGUAAUAUCUGAAGUAAAACUAACAUGAUGACUUAAAUCUAAAUAUGCACUGUUACAAAUUUUUUGUUAUUAACCUUUUCCUGCAAGAACUUUGAUUAUAAAAUUUUGAUUUAUUUGUCAUUGAAAUUACAGGAACUACUUUAACAGAUAUGUGCUUAUUUUUCAUCUCAUGUAUUAAUACAUAAAAUCUAAAUACAGUAGUACUUUAAGGGAAAACAAAGUUGAGAUCAAAUGAUUUUUUUAUUUCAACAUAGAGCAGAAAUCAAAUAAAUCAGUUCAUUGUCCAGUAAUUGGUAUACCUAGUUUAAAAAGGUGGUACUAUGAGCUGGACAGGAAGUAUAAUGCAGAUAUCCAAAACCAGUGUACUGUAUGUUAGUUGUACAGAAUAUCUGUUUGUUGAAAAAUCUAUUUUCUAAUCCAGACAUGUGUAAACUCCUAUUUUACAAAAUUGAAACUAAUUAAAUGGCCAGUAAUGUCAGAAUUUAAUAUGCAUGUAAAUUAUAACCAUCCUUAAAUAUGAUUGCAGCCAAUAAAAAAGAUGCACAAAUCAUCACUAAGUGAACAAAAAUAAUAUUAAUUCAAGGUAAAAUCCUCAUACGAUAUAUUUUGAAUUAUUAUUAUCCAAGGUCCAUAACUGAAGCAUGGAUCAAAACCAAAUAAUACCAUAUUGUAUACUUUAAAAAACACAUAUUUUAUGGCUCUUGCUUAAGGUUGUUUUACUUUGUGAUGAUAUUUUUUUACAAAGCAUUUUUUU